AUGUGGAUAAUAGAGUAUCCAAUUAGUGAUGAACCUCAUAGUGAACAGAGAGGACAUCUUUUAGAAGAAUCCAAACGAUAUAUCAUAGGAAGAUCACCACGGAGCGACUUUCACACCGAGAAGAAGAAGAUUUCAAAGGUUCAAUUCGUGGUAAGCUUCAAGAAUCAUGAUCUCGUCGUUGAUAAUAAAGGGAAGGGCAAAUUCGAUGUCAAUGGAGAUUAUCUUCCGAAUGGGAAGUGUUAUGGGUUUAGUAAACGUGAUAAAGAGGUUAAAGAUCUUCAUUUCUCGUUUCAAUCAGAGCCACUGGAGUUCAGAAUUAGGUACAAGCGAUUUGUACUGAAUGAUAGAGCCACAGUGGAGGAAUUGAACUCGAAGGGUGUGAAUGCUGAAUUCUCAUUGGAUGCAGAUCAAGUUUCUCAUUAUUUGAUUGGAUCUGAUGAUACUAUGGACACCAUUAUGGGAAUCUUUAGACGGAACAGGCAUCUUAAGCUUAUGACUCGAGAGUUUGUGGAGUCGAUAUUAAUUCAUGUGGCAGAUUUAAAGGAUGACUUUGAAAGAAACUGGCCUGAACAGCGAGAUAUGAUAGUCUUUGUGGUCGAUGAUAAUGAUUAUGAACGAAUGAAAGAUAUCUUUGCGGAAGAGAGCAGUGUUAAAAUAAGGAGAGUGAAAGAUCCAGGUGAAUUAGCCAGUAAUACAGCUGUAUGGAAAGGAACAGGGAGAGGAUUUGGAACAUUUGAAGGGUUGAAUGUUUCUGAAAUGACACUAAUUUAUGAUAUAUUGAGGAAAGAAGCGGAACCCCCCAGAAAGCAAACGAGAAGAACUAUCAGAAGGCCUAUUAGAAGGCCUAAUGCUAUUUCUGGACUACAAACUAUGAUGAAUUUUGAUAUUGGUGAUGACUUUAAGGUGAUAAAGUUAGAAGACAGUGCUAAAUCACUGGAUACCACACUUCAAGUGGUUGGAGAUAGUCAAUCAGAGGUGGAAGAAGAUGAAAUCAGGACCAACGAGGAGGAUAUUCCAACACCUCGGAAAACUCAAUUCAUGAAGGUUGAUAUGACAGAUAUUGAAAAAGUACAGGACAAAUCUGAAUUAACUACAGAUUCCAGAUCUUCAGAGUUAAUAAAGCUUGAAGCAGAGACAUCAGAUAGUCUCGUCAAAGCGUUUCAAGGAGUAAAGAAGGCCAAACAGAUCGAUGCUCAACAAGAAAAGAGUCUCAUAGAAUCCAUGGAUAAAGCAGGAACACCGGGAGUUAAAGUAGUGAAAUUCAAAGUGAGUGAAGAUGAGAUACAGAGAGGAUAUAAAGUGUAUCAGCCAGCUUCAUAUGGUGUCUUUUCUAAUCCCGAAUGGACCAACAGAAAGGAAUAUUCGAGGUUUAAAAAGACGGCAUUUCCAGAUGGAAAUCCUAUUACUGAUAGUACUGUUAAGGGAAUUAAGAUGAAGAUGGCAGAGUACAAAUCAAACUGUAUAUAUGGAGAAGAUGGUAAGAUGAGCAAGGCGGAAAAGGAGCUUCUAGAUUUCAAUUCUGGCUUGGAAGACUUGGAUAACGAAUUUGAAGUGGCUAACAAGAAGAGGUCAGGGGAUGUUCUUGGAAGUAGGAAGAAGUUCAAGACAAACACCGCACUAUUUGUUGAUAGCGAUAGCAUUGAAGAUGAUUUCGAGCCGUCAUUUCGCAGAAAGCUGCAAGUUGUGGAAGAAGACGAUGUUCCUACAUUUAGAAAAAGGAGAAGGUGA